AUGUACCUAGAUUUUUUCAUUACAAAAAUUCUGUUAUACAAAAUUGCGUUUACAAAGUUUGGUCUUGUAAAGAAUGUUGUAGAACUCUUAUUUGAGACAGUAUUACAUGUUAAAUCAAAUGAAUUUAAAUUAGAGUCAUUUGAUAAUAAUGUUUUUGAUGAUGAGACAUUUGAUGAUUUAUUUGAUAAUGAAAUAAUUGAUUCUAUAAAUAAUAAAAUAAAUUAA